CUUGCGCUCCCAGAGCUAUAUUUUUAUAGGCUAGUGCCAAACUUAUUAUUUGUACUUCCGCUUUUUGUGUAUAAAAAGUGAUGCCACGCUGUUUUAAAACAGUUCAGUGUACAGUUGACCAGUGGUCAGUACCAUAUCUGUCUGUGUGACAGCUGAAUAUCUUUGGGGUCUGUCGUCUAAUUAUAUUUUUAUUCCUGUACCUGGGAUGGCCUGCUAUUAUUACUGCUGUGUAACUGCUGUGUUACUGCUUUUAACUGCUGCCUUUUAGCUGCUGAAUAUUACUGCUUAUAGAUCUAGCUGUUGUUUAUAACUGCUGUUGUUAGAUCUAUUCUAAUUCUAGGGAAGCUAGAAUCUAGUGUUAUUUUGUUUCUUUUUAUGCCUUGGUAAACUUAGUUAUAUUUAAUAAUUUAUAGUCUGUUUCUCAGUUCUGUUCUUAGUGAAUAGUAAGGUACUGAGCCUAAGGAUAAGAUAUUCUUGUUUUAGUGUUAGUGUUAUGAGUGAAAUAGUAGGAUAUUGUAGAUCUAGACUAGUUUAUUGUAGUGUGUUUAUUGUAGAUCUAGGUCUAGUGUAGUAGUUUUAGUGAUUUAGUUAGAUAGUUGUUUUGAUCAGUUUGUGUCAGAUAGUUGGUUUGGUUAGUUUGGUAAUGUUUGUAGUGGUGUAGAUUUAGAGGGUAGUUUAUAGUAGUUAGUGUAUAUAUUAUUUUUUAUUAUUGAUUUAUUUUGUAUGUAAAUAAAGUUUCUUUUUGUUUUAUUUAUCGUAAACUAAAGUUUGUUAUCUUGUUUCCAUUUAGUUUAGUUUAGUAUGUCUGGUUACUUAGGUGACUCUAGCCCCUUGGUCGUAGACUGAGGUGUCACAGAUGAGCCCACCCAGUAGCGCAAACAUCUGCCUACUGUUGGUAAAUUAAAAUGUUGAGCAGAAGAGAAUAGGCCCUCCCACUCGCGCCUGCCUGACCUGCUCACAUUUUUGGUGUCAGAAGUGGGAUCUGUGCUUGAGUGACCAGACUUGUAUUUUUUAUUGGGAUAGAUUAGGUUUUUGUACGAGUUUAGGCAGUGAUAGGAAGUAGUGAUAGUGUAUAGUUCAGUUUUUCUUUGGGCGUUUGUUAGAGAGGCUUUAGUUUUGUUGAGUAGUUACGUAGAUGAACAGCGAGGCAGCAGCAGCAGCAAGAAUGCAGCCGUCUCAGACAGUGAUUGUAGUACCAAGGACAGAGAUGAGUAUCCGGCGCUUCCAUGGCGAUGGUCCAGCCAGAGAAGUUGAAGAAUUUCUUCAAAAUGUGGAGAGAGCCUGGAAGUCUCAACACAUGGUGCAUCCAGAGGAAAAAUGUGACUUCCUCUUUGCACAUCUAGGUGAGGCAGUGAAGGCCGAACUUAGGUGUCACCCUCAGACGACAAGGGCAUGUCCAGAUGCCCUGGUACAAAUCCUACGCUCCACUUAUGGAGAAAGGCGGAGCAUCAACUGCCUCAUUGGGGAGCUGUUCCGAAUAAGCCAGCACCAGUAUGAGUCUGUCCGCGCAUACUCACACCGUCUCCUUCAAGCAUUUGAAGCACUCACAGACAGGCAGAGAGCUCUAUCUGAAACUCCCUUCAGCAAGUCUAUCCUGAGGGACCAGUUUGUAGAAAACCUCAGUGACAGGAUCCUAAGGAGAGAUCUGCGAGAGAGACUACUUGACAGGCCAGAAACUGAAUUCCUGGCGUUAAGAGACAUGGCCAUUAGGUGGGCACAAGACGAGGAUGUCGCACCACAAGUCAACGUCACAUGCAGUGAGAUAAAGAUUGAAGGCCAGAUAGCUGCGCUCUCCAAGCAAGUGGAGGAGCUUGCAGCCCAGAUUGUGCGUCUACAAUUUUCAGGGCCACAGAACUAUAGCUGUCCCCACUGCAACAACCAUCAACCUGAUCACAUUAGCGGCAGUGUGAGACAGAUUACCUCACAACAGCGCAUGGAGACAAAGCGCACUCUUAACCAUAAGAGGCCAACAACGAAGAACAGGAAAUGCUACACUUGUGGCAAACCUGGCCAUCUUGCAAGAAAUUGCAGGCUGCAGAACAGGUUCCAAGGUCAGCGAAAGAAGCCAGGGAACCGGGCUCACCAGCAACACCCUUCUAGAAGCAACUGCUCGAAUUGUGGAAGCCGGGACCACUUCACCCGAGCUUGCCCUGAUGUCACUGCAGCAGUGAAUCGCGUUCAGGUUGCCUCAGUGGAACAACCACAGGCAGUACAACUGCAACCUGCCCCCAAGCCAACAGAAUUGUCGGUUGAGGUGCCACAGAAUCCUAGGCGAUCCAACACUGCUCCUGAUUCAAUUGUUCGCAGAAACCAACCCGCAGUGGCAGAAAUGAUGUCGAUUCAUACCGAAGUUGCCUCACCUGACACUUCCGGUAAUCAUGCAGAAGGAGGUAGGGAAACAAAUCCUUUCCUACAGUUUCAUCCGGUCCAACCAGAAUCCACCUUGCUUUCUCAUGAGGUUCCUGAGUUGCAGAAGAAAAGGAACGACCUUCUGAACAUUGGGUGCAGAGUUCUUGUCGAACAGAGAGUCAGAGGCCAGGGAAGAAUGUUCAUGCAGUAUCAACCUUCAUGUUUUGUAAUUACUGCAGUACCCAAGUAUGCUUCUGGCUGGUACAGGGUGGAAGCAGAAGAUGGGAGUACAUACAGAUAUGUAAGAGAGGAGGAAAUGAAGUUCGUUUCCUCACCAUACUAGCAUAAUUCUUCAUUUGUAUAUUUGUAAUUUUUAUUUAAUAUGUUGGUUGCAUUCCAAUGUAUCAAAAUGUAUUCGUUUGUAACAACUCUAUGAGUACAUGUUAUCUACAUGUGUAUUUAAAAGUUUUUUUUUAAAGCUUAGUUGCUGUACCUAUUUGACCAUAUACAGAAUCAAGAGUACUUUUUUGUGUUUUAGCUGAUGAAGUGUAUAUAUUUUUUUGCUUUUGUUCUUGUAAAGCAAUGUAAUCUAAGUCAUGUCAUGGAGAUGUAUAUUUUUGUGUGAAAUAGAUUUUAGUGUGUAUUUUCUUUGAUGGUAGAAUAUGUCAGCAGUAUGUAUGUAAUGCAUUUUAAGUAGUUUGUUAGUAUUUUGUUUUGCGAGGACGCAAAAAUUUAAGGCGGGAUGAAUGUGAGCUUGCGCUCCCAGAGCUAUAUUUUUAUAGGCUAGUGCCAAACUUAUUAUUUGUACUUCCGCUUUUUGUGUAUAAAAAGUGAUGCCACGCUGUUUUAAAACAGUUCAGUGUACAGUUGACCAGUGGUCAGUACCAUAUCUGUCUGUGUGACAGCUGAAUAUCUUUGGGGUCUGUCGUCUAAUUAUAUUUUUAUUCCUGUACCUGGGAUGGCCUG